CCGACGUCAAGAUCCGCUCCCCCGCUCGUGCCUGUCCCGCCUUCCGCAGAUCUCUCACUCUCUCGUAUCGACAAUGAUGUUCAAGAUCCUUGCUGUCGCCCUUCUCGCUGUGGGUCUCGUCAACGGCGCCGGCGAGGCAGGCGCCGCCGAGGCACAAGUGUCAGGAGAUGGUGCGUCGGCACCCGCUGAGGCUCCUCCCGCUGGUGCGGCCGAACCUCAGCAGGCAGGAGGAGAGCCACCUGCUGAUGCUGAGGCAACUGGUGACAUCGUCGACAUUGCCUCAGAGACAGAUGACCUCAGCACUCUGGUCACCGCCCUGGAGGCCGCUGGCCUCGUGGAGACCCUCCAGGGCGCUGGCCCAUUCACCGUCUUCGCACCCACCAAUGCGGUGAGAUGCACUCUCGUGUGCUGACUGCACCAUUCGCCACUGUAGCCAUGUGUGUGGUGCAUGUCUCCUGUCUGCAGGCCUUUGAGGAUGUGCCGAACUUAGACGAGAUCCUCGCCGACCCGGAGGAGCUAAAGGACAUCCUCCUCUACCACGUCGUGAGUGGCGAGACUGCCUCGACAGAUAUCCCAACGACUGCCAAGAAGGUGGCGACUGUCGAGGGCGAGGAGGUCGAUGUGCUGAGGGAUGACACGGCCACACCGAAUACAGUCACGGUGACCGACGCGCAAGGAACGACGUACGAUGUGGUGAAGGCCGACAUCAAGGCCACUAACGGCGUCAUCCACAUCAUCAAUGGAGUGCUCAUUCCCUGAGCCGACGAUGGUGCGGAUGGUGAGUCGUGCCGCUCUCUGCGUGCAUGUGAGAGAGGAGAGGCCUUUCUUCCUUCUUUUCUUAUUGGGGCUGGUCAGGGUGUGGGCUCGCGCUUGUCCAUCGCUCUUGUCUGUCUGUCUCUCUCCGCCUGACUCUGUGCACACCCUUCUUCAUGAGUGCGGCGAGUUUUGUUGAGACCAGGUGGUAUGUGAUAAUCGCACCUCUGCUAUGCUCACCACGCUCGCUCGACACGUAGAUGCAGAUCAGCAACGUGACUGUGCGUGUGUGUGUGUCCGAGGGAGGAAGGGAGUGGCAUGUGUGUUUUUUUGAGAUCCACAGCAACGGUGCUGUCUGUGUGAGUGUGGUGUGUGUGUGCGUGAUGAUGCUGUGAUGACGUCCGUUGUUGUUUUAUCGAUCCAUGUAGUGCGUGCGCGUUUUUUCCGCUUGCUGUGUCCGAGCCCCUGCCUGUCAGAGGCACGGCGGCUCGCUCUCUCUGAUACCGACACAUACAGACAUUGGCCGACCCGGCUAACACGUGUCUGCUAUUCACCUGCAUGAAGGUGUGUUGUGUGCAUUUGUGGGAGAGGGGGAGAGGGGUGGGGCUGAUGGGUGUCCACCACGCGCUUCUUGAUGGUGUCACAUGACUGCUUGUCGUUCGCACUCACACACGUCACACCACACACACACAGAUUUUCGCAUCGGCUGGGUUCGCGACGCACCAAUUUUCGCACGACAGGCGCUGGCUGGAUCACCUGACGUGUGUGUGACGGCCGCGUGUUUUCUGAGGCGUCUUUCUUGUGGCUGGCUGGAAGGGAUGUAAGACACGCAGAGGUGUGUAGGUCCACGCCUCUAUCUGUUCGUCGUCUGAGUCAUUCGUUGUGUUUUGUAUGUGGUGUUCACUUUGGGGCUUGGGCUUGGCGUGCGUGUGUGUUCGGGUGUGUGUAUUCGCGGCGCGACGCAUCUUCGCGUCCCACCUAGGGAACGGAGAGGUGUCUGCGCCAUAGCCAUGGGACGCUCAGGCAGACAGAUUUGCAGACGAAUGAUGGUGCGGAGGCUGCAUGUGUGAUGAAUUCGCACCUGCUGCUGUCGCGUCAUCCUUUCUUUGCAGAUCUGUCGGCCUGCUUGUUUUGUGAGUGGGGACUACACAGGGGGGACAAGGGCAUGGGCGUAAAGGAAGCGGUCAACACAUGA